AUGAGAACAGAACCAGCUCUUGGCUGGACAUCUCGAGGUUACUUAUAUCGAGUGAGAUGUCUGGAGUGGAACGAAUUGUGUCUGCCCAGGUCCAUAUCUGAGUCGACAUUGGAGUUACACUACUACCGAACACCCUCGUGGGCCCAGAGGCUCGUCCAGACUACUUCGGUAGUGUAUUCGACGAGGCCCAAUCCUGCUUCAACGCGUGCCAAGACCAGGUGCUCCAUCUCCUCCGCAGUGAAUACAGCAUCAAUCAACAGGCGACGCGGAGGAAAUGAAAGCGUCGAUGCAGGCAGUGAAGAUCGCACUAGAGUCACAGAAUCCACCAGGUAUCGUAAAGUGGGCUCACGUAGAGCUGAAUCCUAUGCUGCCAACGGCGCCAACGUCGCCCAGGUGGUCUGCGUGUGGCAUUCCAUGUUCAUGGAGUUACCAUCAGGAGCCCGUCUCCAUCGUAGGAACGGAGCCAACGCCCGAGUUGGGACAUGGACUCAUCCCAACUUGAUUGUCCGCGCGCAGGUCGUUGCCCAAAGAGGGCAGCAGAACCUCGAGUGA